GAUGCAGCUAAGUGAGCAGACAACAGGUAUAAAGUCACGAUCUUGGCUUUCUCUAACAGUUGGACUUCCACAAUCCGCACCUUCAAAGUUAUUGCAACUAACAUUCAUUAAUCACUAGAUGCGUCUAUUUCACUUCUUUAAGUGAUUUCCCACCGACUAUAACUAUAAGGCUGUGAUAUUACAAGUACUACCCAAUUACAAAAAAAGGGAUUCCCACUUCCCAGAUCUGCUUGAUUUGAUUAUUAUGGCUUCUAAGCUUCUUAUGAUUUCUGUUUUUGUCCUUAAUGUCAUUGCUUUUGGCCUUGCUGUUGCUGCUGAACAAAGACGAAGCCAUGCUCAGGUUGUUUCAGACCCAAAUGCAGACUACAAGUACUGCAAGUAUGAUUCAGAUGUCGCAACAGGAUAUGGUAUCGGUGCCUUCUUUUGCCUUCUGGCUAGCCAAGUCAUCGUCAUGGUAGUAAGUCGAUGCUUCUGCUGUGGUCAGGCUCUUAGUCCUGGCGGAUCAAGGGCUUGUGCUGUUAUUCUCUUCAUUGUCUGCUGGCUUACAUUCUUUAUUGCGGAGAUCUGUUUAUUGGCGGGUUCAGCUAGAAACGCAUACCACACCAAAUACAAGCGUUUCUACGAAGAUGGUGCACCAAAUUGCGAGACUCUUAGGAAAGGUGUCUUUGCAGCAGGUGCUGCUUUCACUUUUUUUACCGCCAUAAUCGCUGAGUUCUACUAUUUUUUCUACUCAAAGGCAAAUGACAGCUUCAAACCCUAAGGUGCAAUACACAGUUAGUGCCUUAAAUAGGAUUUGAAACAUACCUUAAUGUUUUGCGGUCUUCAUUGAUGUGUUCAUAGACGACUCGUUUUGACAGCAGUCGAUUUUUAGGAAUUCUUUCGUGUAGCAAAUGUCUCAUGUAUUCAUUGUUAUGCUUCUUGUGUAUCCGUUUCAUUGUUAUAUACUUGUGUUAACUGUUAAGACUCUUUUGGGUUUUAAGAAAGACAAAUAAUAGCAGUUGUUUUAUAA